UCAGCUCUAGUGACAAUGACAGCUGUUUGUGCAAAUGACACCCUGAGCACAUUCACGUCUCUAUCUCAUCUUAAACCAGACUGCAGGACGAUUCAGAGCUCAAGACCGAUGGAAUGAAACAUUGAGAACCUAAAUAUGUUUCUCCUGAGACAGAAUAUCUCAAAGCAGCACACGAGUAACGACACUGCUCCGAGAAGCGCCGGACGCAAACCCAACUCCGAUGACUCCAAGAGACAGAUGCGACGAAAAGCCAGCUGUGUUGAGAAUUUAUCUUCGGUCGACCGAAUCCGCAAACAUGCAACCAAGCAUCUGGGCUACAGCACACUCAGCCUGGCCAUGCGAGGUCUGGAGGAGAUGCCAGAUGAACUGUGGGAGCUCCAGGAGCUCCAGAAGCUCAAUCUGUCCUUGAACGCUCUUUCCGUUCUCCCAUCCAGCUUGGGUUACCUAGCGAACCUGGUGAUUCUCAACGUGUGGGGGAACGAGCUGCUCAGCCUCCCACCAGAGAUCGGACAGCUCGGGAAGCUGCGAGUGCUCUUUGCUCAUAGGAACCGGCUGAGUGACGUUCCCGAGGAACUGGGGCACUGCUCCAACCUGGAGGUCCUGAGUUUGGCCAACAACCAGAUCGUCACGCUUCCCAACAGUCUGUCGGAGCUGCGGCGGCUCACCAAGCUCAACCUCAGCCACAAUCGCAUCCAACACAUCCCAGCAUGUGUCUAUAGCAUGAGGAGCCUGAACUUCCUGCAUCUGGCUAACAACCACCUGGAGAACCUGGCUGAUAAGAUCCAGGAGCUGGUGAACUUGAAGAUCCUGAUUGUGGAGAAGAACUCUCUUCACGCUCUUCCCAGGACACUGUGCUGCCUGACGGGGCUGGAGCUGCUCAAUGUGGACUUCAAUGAGCUGCAGAGCAUUCCCGAUGAGAUCUACAAGCUCCGCAGGCUGGAGAAGCUCGCCUGCCAUCCGCUGGAUAAAGGCCUGCAUGUCGUCCACAACCCGCUGGUCAAACCCAUUAAAGAGGUUCUGCAGGGAGGUCUGAAUGCACUUUAUAACUACCUCAAACCUGCUUUUUAACUACCUCAAACCUGUGACUUUUUGUGAGUCAAAGCAGUACAAAAAUGACUUUCUCUGUAUUUUUGUCUUGAUUUUUAGCUUAAAUAUCUCAUUCAAGCAAAAAAACUAUUUAGUAAUGUUUAAUGUUUCCAGUUUAAUUAAGUUUAUGGUCCAUUGGCAGAUACAUUUUUUAGUUUUAUAUUAUAAAUUUGCUAAUUUUGACCAAAUAUUCUUUUUGAAAAAACGAGAGAGAGAGGGAAAAUGCUGAGCAAGAAAAUUGUUACCGUUGUGUGCAGAAAAUAUGUAAAAAUUAUUAUUCAUUUGUGCUU